GGAUCGCCGGCAUCCUGACGCGAGCCGUCUCAGAGAGAUGGCCACCCUCGGCGCAGUUUCGUUGCUGGUGUUGUGCGCGUUCGCCGCCAGCCAGAAGGCGGCGGACUUCAGCCCGCCGUUCAAAGUGCUGGAUGACAUCAUCGUCGACAGCGAGUCGCUCUUUGUGCGCGACCUCACGCCAGCCGAGCUGAGCUCAGGGGUGGUGGAUCUGGAAAACCCGUUUGGGGAAGGCGGCGCGCCGGUGGCAGCCGACUCGACCUUAACGGCCGGCCAGCAGCUGCAGUCGGAAGAGUCGGAGCAGCUGCCGUCCAGGAGGCCGGCGUCAGGGCGUCGGCAGCCGGCGGUGGUCGGUCGAAGAGCGUCCCCCGUUCGGCGUGGGGGCGAGGCCCCCCUCGGCGCGCCCAAACGCAGGGUUGUUAAGGUCCGGUCCAGGGUGGCCCGUAGACGGGGCCCGCCCUCCGCCGCCGCGGCGAGCUCUCCCGAGACCGCCGCUCCUGCCGAGGACGCCGCAGUGCCUCAGGUGGCAGCCGAGGCCGACGCAUCCAGCGCCGCCGCGGCGGUCGCAGUGCCGGCGGAAGAGGCCACGGCGCCUGAGGCGGCAGCAGAGGCCGACUUUGCGAGCACUGCCGGCGACCGGCCCUCCUCAGCGUCCGUCAGGAAGCGGGUGCGGGUGGUCAGCAGGAAGGGUGGUAGGAGGUUGACGAAUCCGGCAGUGACGGCGUUGGCAGACUUCACAUCUGCGCCAGCCGUCCGGGCUCGACCGCAAGCUCCACCCACCGCCCCCACCACGACACCGGCGUCGCGUCCGAUUCAGCGGCUGCCGGUCAGAAAGCUGGUAGCGGCCCCCGUCGGCCGGCUGUCAGCGGCCCGGGCUAGGUCUGGGAGUCAACCGACUGUCCUCACCACCGAGCCCACCGUUGUGGCAACGAUCCCGCCACCGGUGCGGAGAGGUCCCGGUCGGAACAUCGUGCGAGCAUCCGCCAGAGGUCGCAUCCCCUCGCCGCCCGGUAUCGCGGCUCCGGCGGACGUGAGCGGCCCGAGGAGAAGGCUGCCUGGGCUUUCCGCCAUUCGCAUUCCUCUCGCCACGCUUCCGACCACGACCAGCACCACUGCCACGGAGGAGCCGGCGGCCACCGCAACGACCGAGGAGCCGGCAGCCCCCACUGAAGCACCGCCAGCGACGACGACUGAGGAGCUGGAGGUGACCGGUGCGGAGUCCGCGACGGAGGCUGUCGUCCCGGAGGCCCCAGCAGCGCCGCCCCCUGCCCGGGGAAGCCGGCGCCGGCAGCCGGUCCGAGCGUCCCCCGCCGCGGGGUCGCCCAAGGCAUCCAGCGGCGACCGCCAGGCAUCCCGUCAGCCGGUAGCGAGCCGGCAGCGCGGCGCCGUCUCCACCGAACCGGCGCCGGCGCCGCCGCCGCCGUCGCCCGCGCGUCAGCCAGCCCGACGGCCGAUCGCCGCUGAGGCCGAGCUCGGCGUCAAUGAGAUCGGUUCUCAGCAGCGCGGCCUGCCCGGCGGCUCGCAGAGCGUGAUCGGCGACCGCAGCCCCUCCACCUUCAGCUGUCAAGACCGACCGUACGGCUACUACGCAGACAUGGAAGCCGACUGUCAGGUGUUCCACAUCUGCUCGCCGAUGACCCGCAACGACGGCACCCAGGUCAACCUGAAGCACAGCUUCUUCUGCAACAAUGGCACGCUGUUCGACCAGCUGACGCUGAGCUGUCGCGAGGAGACGGCCGCACUGCCGUGCUCGCUGGCCAUCGAGUACUACAACAAAGUCAAGUACUUCAAGGAGUACAACUACUUUGAUCAGUUGCGGGCCGAGCACGCGCGCAGGGAGGAGAUCGCGGCACGGCGGCUAGGCGGCAGAGCACGCGUGGACGCGCUGGAGAGGGACCUGGCGGAACUGGCUGCUGACCUAGCCUGACCUGGGCACACUGAGCGGGCGUGGCCUGCUCAGCAUGGGUGCGAGCCAUCUGGGUGACAUGACCCUCUCAUUAUAUACUUUCCUCCGUGCUUUCAGGGCACGUCCAUCUUCCAUUUCCCCUUCAGUCGUAGCAGUUCCUAAGGUCAUACGUAAUAAACAAAUGCAUCGAAUGUGUGGUUUUUCUACGGUACAUUCCCAUUCGUACGCGAUAAUUUUGCUUCAGAUUUAUGUAGGUGGUGGCUCCGACCCACCCCUAACGUCUCGGAAUGUCUUU